CCAAGAGGUUGGAGGGAAUGAGGCUGAAGGGAUGGGCGCUGUAUGCGAAAGCUCUGGCGGGGAGCCGACUUCUUCGGAGAAGAAGUGCGAGCGACGGAGGAUGGUGCAAGAGGAGGUGGCGGAGGAAACCCACCGCAUGAAGAGGAUGAAAGAACAAUCGGAGCCGGUUAUGGGCGGGGAUGGAGGUGAUGUCAGAGAACGUGCCUCGGGAAAGAGGGCGUGGCGGACAAGAACAUGGAGUUGGAAAGAGGCUGUCGAAGGAAGAGGGUGCGGCGACAAGUAAAAAAGCGAGGAGGCCCGACGGUUUGACCAUCCGCGAAGGACAAGCCAUGGGUGGAGGAGAUUCGGCUCAUCCAGGCGCUCCGGCCGCGAGAGAACCUUCGGGGAAAUCCAAAAGGAAAGUGGCAGCUGAAGAAGACGAUGGCCAGAACAAACCUCGAAGGAGGAAGACUGCUGAGGCGGCGGGCGGUGGCGAACAGGCUGUCGGUAAGCAGUACGACGAAGCGGCAGCGUUCAGGCUUGAAUACGAGCGGAACGAUGACGGUGAGAUCGUGGAAAAGGAGCUCCCCGUCCAACUGUUCAUCGACCCAAGGAAGGUCUGCGACAUCCUGCCUUGGGAGAGAUAUUACAACCACCGCUGUCUCAAUCGCGAAAAUGUGGACGACAUCAAGGCGGCAAUGCUUAGUCGGUUCCACAAGGAAAAGGGAAAGAUCUGGACGAAAAACCCUUUGGUUCUGGCGCCCAUCUACAACCCGGUGACGCAUAGGCCGGAGAUUGCUGACAGGGUACACAAAGAUGUCUUCAAGCCAGAGGACAAGGACAAGUACUACUGUUACCCUAAGGCGGCGUUCGAGGACAUGUGGGAGGCAUGGGAGAAAGAAGGGAGGCCGGUUGCCAUUCAAGGCAACCCUUCCAACAAGGAGGCCGAGAAACAAAAGUUUUUCGAUUUCCAAAAGCUAAUUUUGGGAAAGAGUCCGAACGACUCUCACUGGUCGUUGGCAAAAAAAGAUAUGGCGCUCACCGACAAGGAGUACGUCGUUGCCGUUGGCAAUGCAUUGAGGCAGUGGAUGCCGCUCGUGACGGCCGGUAAUGUCGUUUUCCGCAAAGGCAUGGAGUUCUACGAGAAAUGGGCGGAGGGGAAGUUGUUGGGCGGCGACGGGAAGACAUCAUUGUUGAGGUCUGGCAAAUACAUGCCAAACAAAUCUCCGGGUCUUCAAGCGAUUCCGGAAAUGGGCUCGAAAGGGGCGGCUGGUGAAACGAAGAUGGGGUCGCUGGUCGGGGUCCCGCCGCCUCCGACAAAAAAGAGAACGCAAGCGGACGACAAGUUUUUCAUGGUCGUGAAGGAGCCGGACAUGUUUUGUUGGCAGUGUCUCGCCAUCAUGACCGAUGCCGAAAAACUAUCGAUCCUAGACGACAUUCUCGGACUUAGGGCAGUGUUCGUGCCAUCGGCGGGCGGGCAUCCGAAAUGUCAAUACAAACCUAGAGUUAAAGACAUGGUCGCGGCGUGGAAAGUGGACCCCGUGAUGCUCCGUUUGUUUCACUACAUCUUGUUCCUUGAAACGGAGGAGAACGAAGCUGUUUGGCGCUACAGGAGCACUUUUUUCCGGACCGAGGGACAACUUCUGGCGGAGUCCGGCCCGCGGGGCCUCACGAAACAGGUGUGGGUCGAACUGCGAAAGCAUUUCAAGGGCACGGUCGAGUACGUGAACACUUGCAAACGUUCUCUUCUGCACCAGAAGGAGUCCCUCGACGACGCGAAGAGAUUGUACGAGGAUGACAUGCCGUCAUCUCAGACUGACCUCGAAUACAGUCGACGGAGAAACCUGGUGUUUGGUGUGCUGAAUGGGUACCACGAUGCACCCAGGGAGUCAGUCUCGCAUUUCCUGAGAAGGCUGGAGCACGUUUACUUCGUGGUGGCCGAAACGCUCACCCUUGAAAACUACAAGGCACAGUUUGACUUGGAGGACCCUUUCGACGCUGAAGACAUGGAGGAGUUGAGCGACUCGGAAACCUUCGAUUUCGAGUCCAUGCCAUUUCCUCGGGUGGUUGGACAGACGGCUCACAAUUUGCGGAAAAGAGGACGGGCGAAACGUCGCCGGGAGAAAAGGCAUCCGGCGGAAAGGGGUCAUGCGGGCGAAAAGGGGUUGGGAGAAAAGGCGUCCGGCGGAAAGGGGUCAGGCGGGAAGGACUUGGGCGGAAAGGGGUCGGGCGGAAAGGGGUCGGGCGGAAAGGGGUUGGGCGGGAAGGGUUCGGGCGGAAAGCGUAGAACGUUCGCUAGUCCCCAGUAUAUGGAAACUGACCCCCACUGCGUAGGGAGUCGAGAUUCCGACAUGCGAGACGCGACCACCCUGAGGUCUAAUCAAGUGCGAGUAGAUUCGCACUUGUCUACGAGGACUUUGUUUCCCAAUGCCGAGGAGAAUCCAUCCCGCCAUGCGCAACAGAGGUCUCCUGUGCUCAACACCUUGCUCCUGGAAGAGGGCGGACGUGUGCAGCAAACGGCAGCAGCUCCUAUGCGGCGAGACCAUUCCUUGAUAGGAACUGCGUCAUCGUUUUGCCUGGAGGGUGGGAGGCCUGCAUUGCGAAGGACCGAAGGUGCGACCUUCAGUUCCCUCAGCUCGGGCGAGCGCCACAAACUCCAAAUAGAUUCGGAGUUUCUGACGUCGCCCUGGAGGCCGUCCCCCACAAGUGCUCCUCACGCUACAGUUCCGCGGGGCGAAGAAAAUGUGACGUCCUACCCCCCCCAUCUUCAGUUGGGCACAGGGUUCCCCUGCUCAGCUCCGUUCUCAUUUGCUGAGACUCGAGACUGGCGGUCUCGAGUCUUGCUGGAGGGACCCCCUGCAGGAGUGUUGGAGACCGGGUUUGGCGAGUACGAACGUCAUGCUUCAGAGGGUGAACCACUCGACGGUGACAGCGAGAGUGCAUCGGCUCCUAGGGCAGAGGAGCACUCUCCGGGAACGCUGUUGGAGAUCGGGGGUAGCGAGUGGGAACGUCAUGCUUCGGAGGGUGCAUCCGUGGACACUGACAGCGAGAGUGCUCUGCAGCGGGAAGAGGAUACUAAACACUGGCCGGCUUGCGAAGUCGUGAAGGGGCUCGACGCAGGAGUGCUGGUGAGCGGGACGUCCGAAGAGGUUCGGCAUAGUCGUUCGGCUGUGGCCACGAUGCGAGAGGGUGUCGUUAAGGGAGGUCACUGGAUGUUUGUGCAAGCUCCCGUUCUUGGAGAUGAUGAAGGCGAAGAAGGACCUGCGGUGGAAGCUCGGGUUCAUGGCAAUGAGAAAGGCGGAGAACCCGUGGUGGAAGGCGGUGAGGUGACGGUCGGCGUCCAGACGGAUCCACAGCGGAAAGAUGAUGAUUCUUCGCCCACCCGUUGCGGUGAAGAACAGGGUGAUCGACCGUCUGUCCUCAGUACCCGUCGGGAAAUAGUAGUUCAUGAAGCCAUCGAGUUGGGUAACGACUCGGCUGCCACCGAGCUGGUUAACGACUCAGGCGUGGCCGAGGUGCACAACGUCGAAUCCUCCGUGGAAGGCGGUGAGGUAGCAGUCAACAUCAAGAUGGAUCCAGAGAGGAAAGAUCAUGAUUCUCCCUCCACCCGUUGCAGUGAAGAACAGGGUGAUCGAGCAUCUGUCCUCAGUACCGGUCGGGAAAUGGUACUUCAUGAAGCCAUCGGCUUGCCUAGCGACUCAGCUGCCACCAAGCUGGUUAGCGACACAACCGUGGCCGAAGUGUCGAACGUCGAAUCCUCCAUCGAUGUUGGCGCAGUGGCGCGACAGGAGGGCGGUUUCCAUCGAAGAGCGCCCGACCACGUCCCUUUUUCUAUACCAAGCUCGUCGAUGGCGGUUAUCGACAUGAUAGGGUUGCGAGAUGGACAGGAUGUGGAUAUUUUCUCGUACGAGAUGGUCUUGGUUCCUGUCCAUAAAAAUCGAGUGCAUUGGAUCCUAUUGUAUGUCCGAGAACAAUGGCUGGAGUACUACGACUCCCUCCUACAAGACGAUGGCGGUUUUUCUUCCGAUGUGAUUGCGAACUUCGAGCAAUACCUCCGUGACGAAGCAGUUUGUUAUUAUGGUCAAACAACGAAACUGGAUCUCCAGGAGCCCAAGGUGGUUGUUCAUGAUGUCCCUCAACAGUCGGACCGGUGGAGCCGCGGUGUUUUCAUGCUCACCUUCACUUUACUUCUUGCACGCGGCUAUCCGCCACCAUUUCCGAUGGCCCAAAGCGACAUUCCAAACAUCAGGCUGAGGAUUGCGAUGGACAUACUCCAAGGCUCUAAAUGAUACCCCUGUUAUUAAAAUUCGCGUAGUUUUUUAUUCGAAAGGCCAUAAGCAGAAGCGCAAAUCUGUUCCCACUUGGUCUAGCAGUCGGUCGGUUCGAGCUGUGCUAUUGUUUUGAUGAGGUACCGGAUUGCAGUGGAUGUUUUGAUAAAGUAAACGCUUAGGUGUCGA